UUUGAAACUGAAACCACUCAGGAUGUUUUGAGACAGCUGGAACCAUCAGUUUAACAAAGGAUCCUACAGCUAGCCAAAGAUGCCUGUGGAUGUCAAUGAAAUCCUUCACUUAGUGUGUCACAUUUCAAAGGUGAAGAAGAUUCAUGUUGCUGUAAAAAGUUCUGGGAAGGGAGCAAUUGUAGCUGGUGCCUGCGCAUUUUUUGGUGGCCUGCUUGGUGGACCAUUUGGCAUAGCAGCUGGUGGUGCAGUUGGUGGAUUGGUGGGUGCCUGGAUGACCAGUGGACAGUUUAAACCAUUGCCUCAGAUUCUUAUGGAACUGCCACCAAACCAACAGAGGAUGCUAUCUGCUGAGGUGCACAAGAUUAUCAAACAUUUGGAUUGGACUGAUGCAGUACAUCUCGUAGCGUUAGUGAUGAGAAAUCCUUCCCUGACUCAGUUGGUGCUUCAGACAGCAUUAAACUUCUUCUCACAGCAGUUUGAUGCUCAGAUAAAAUAUGAAGAUUGACAUCUUUAUGCCGAGUGUUUCUUUCAAAUCAUUUGUCUGAAACAAAAUCCAUAAACUACCUUUUGAGUUCUAUAACUAUGUGUAUAUUAACAAUGUAUUUGCAUGACAUCACUAGACACACAAUAAUAACUGAUGAUUGGGAGUAUGUUGGAUGCAGGACAGGUGAUUUUCUGUCACCUAAUGGAGCCACCUUAUACUGGAAGCAUUUUCAGUCAAUGUAGACAGUCAGUGCUCCAAUAUAAUACAGUGGAGGGGUCAUGUUUCCAGUCUAAUUUAUCAUUUUUGCACUAAUAGCAGCCUUGCAUCCUCUCUUAGUGAAAUUGCCAGAUGGGGAUUUCAGAUCCAAAUUGUAGGUAUCUACAUAACAACAACGACAAAAUGACAUGUGUAUAGUGCCUUUCAC